GACAAACCGGAGACGGACCUGGGCCACGGAAGAGGCCGAGGCUGCAGCCUGCCUCCCUCUCUUUCCCUAGCCUGCCUGAACCACCCUCCUUGGCCAAAGCCCCCUCAGGUUCCCCCGGGGCCCAGCCCCUCCCCUCUCUGGGGCCCCGGGCUCCCCUCGGGGCCUGUGUCCCACCAUGCCGGUGGCUAUGGAGAUCUUCGGCUUCUUCCUCACAGCCGUGGGGCUGCUGAUGCUGGGGGUGACCCUGGCGCACAGCAGCUGGCGAGUGUCCACCGUGCAUGGGAAUGUCAUCACUACCAACACCAUCUUCGAGAACCUCUGGUACAGCUGUGCCACCGACUCCAUGGGCGUCCACAACUGCUGGGAGUUCCCGUCCAUGCUGGCCCUCUCCGGGUACAUCCAGGCCUGCCGGGCGCUCAUGAUCACCGCCAUCCUCCUGGGCUUCCUGGGCCUCUUCCUAGGCAUGGUGGGGCUGCGCUGCACGAACAUUGGGGGCCUGGAGCUCUCCAGGAAAACCAAGCUGGCGGCCACCGCAGGAGCCCUACACAUCCUGGCUGGUAUCUGCGGGAUGGUGGCCGUCUCCUGGUACGCCUUCAACAUCACCAGGGACUUCUUCGACCCCUUGUACGCCGGAACCAAGUACGAGCUGGGCCCUGCCCUCUACCUGGGCUGGAGCGCCUGCCUGCUCGCCAUCCUGGGCGGCAUCUGCCUCUUCUCCAGCUGCUGCUGCUCCCGGGACCGGGACCCCGCCGCCGGCGUCCAGCUUCCCUACAAAGCCCCCGUGAUACCGGCCGCCAGCCUCGCUGCCCGCCUGCCCGCCGCAGCCUCGGAUGAAGAGGGAGACAGCAGCUUUGGCAAGUACGGGAAGAACGCUUACGUAUAGGCAGCCGGGCCUGUGGACCCAUUCCCUUCCCACUGCCCGCAGUGGAGAGGGGUCCCUGGAAUACCUGGGCUGCGGGCGCGGGCCCCUGCUCCAGGUUAUCAAGUUCAGGGCCAGCCACGCUCUGGCUCCGCCCCCUGCCCGGAAGCCACACCCAGCUCUGGCCUCAGGCCCCGCCUUCCCAAUGGGAGCUCCGCUCUGGCUACGCCUCUUUCCUCUGGUUCUCCGGAUCCUCUGUGGCCAACAACCGGCCUCCUGAGAACUCAUCUCUGGCCUCUGAGGCUGGACCCCUCUUAACCUUCUGAGUCUAGGUUCCGGGCCGUUAA